AUGGAGAUUUCCAACGAUUCUAGCAGAAUUAUUACUGAAAUAAAAUCAAACAACUCAAGUAAAAAAAGUUUUAACCGCAGCAAGGAGAGAAUCUCAGUCCAUAGUCACAUAAAGGGACUCGGUGUUCAUCCUUCUGUUUUUAGUCUCGACACAUCUAAGUUAAAUUACGACGGCAAAGAUGAUCCGAAAUUGUUAGUCGAUUAUGAAAAUUGUUUUAAUCCUGAUUGUGGCCUGAUUGGCCAAUUUAAGGCCAGAGAAGCCUCGUUGAUUGCAGUUGAUAUGAUAAAGUCUAAAAAGAUGGCAGGAAAAGCUCUGCUCUUGGCUGGACCAAGUGGUAGUGGAAAGACUGCUCUUGCCAUGGGUAUCGCUAGAGAAUUGAAUACAAGUGCUCCCUUCACAAUCUUAUCAAGCACUGAAGUUUUCAGCACUGAAGUUAAAAAGACCGAAAUUUUAAAUGAAGCUGUCCGGAAGUCGAUCCAUAUAGUCAUUAAGGACGAGAAACAGAUAUACGAAGGUGAAGUUACAGAACUGACUGCAGAAGAAGUUGAAAAUCCAACAGGAGGAUUCGCCAAGUGUAUGAAUGGUGUACUUGUAACUCUGAAGACUGUUAAAGGGUCAAAAACUCUUAGAUUGGCUCCUCAAGUCCAUGAACAACUAGUUAAGGAGAAAGUCUCAAUAGGAGACGUUAUAUUCAUAGAAUCAGGCUCAGGCCAGGUUAGAAGAUGUGGAAGGUGUGAUGUUUACUCGACGGAGUUUGACUUGGAGGUUGAGGAGUACGUUCCACUUCCAAAGGGCGACGUACUUAAGCAGAAACAGGUCGUCCAGGAGGUUUCUCUGAACGAUCUUGAUAUGGCAAACUCAAAUCCAUCAGGCGGUAGUGACAUAGUCACAAUGCUUAACCAGUAUUUAAGGCCUAAACGUACAGAAAUCACAGACAAGCUGAGGCUCGAGGUUAACAAGGCUGUGAACAAGUACGUAGACUUAGGAAUCGCAGAAGUAAUACCCGGAGUCCUGUAUAUUGACGAGGUCCACAUGUUCGACAUUGAGUGUUUUACGUAUCUAAGCAAGGUUAUGGAGUCACCGCUCUCUCCAAUAGUUAUCCUCUCAACUAAUCGUGGAAUAAGCAGUGUUCGAGGAAGUGAUUUUAUAGAGGCACACGGGAUCCCGGCGGAUUUAUUGGACCGUCUCCUAAUUAUAAAAACAGUACCAUACACAAUACACGAGAUGGUUCAAAUAUUAAAAAUAAGGAGCAAAGUUGAGAACGUGCCAAUUAGUGACCAGGGUUUGAAAAGGCUUGGAGAAAUCGGGUUAAACUCCAGCCUUAGGUAUUGCAUCCAGCUGAUAUCGCCGUCCAACGUUCUGAGGAACCUCGAAGAAAAGUUAACUGUUGAAUCCAAGCACAUCGACGACGCAGACUCGCUCUUCAUGGAUUCUAAAACCUCAGCUCAGAGGAUCGUGGAGCAGUCUGACCUCUUUAUUUCAUAA